GUGGUAGUGGUAUAUUGCAUUAAAACCGUUGUACUAGUUGACGUAGCAGUUAUGUCAACGGUAGGCGCAUUAUUUGUAGUUGCUGUGAUAGAAGACGUAGGAACAGGGAUCCUGGAGAAGGCAGCGGUACUGCCAGUAGUAAACGUAAAAGUGAGUAAGCGUUGUUGACCAUAGUAGUAUAUAUUGUUUGAAGGACGAUAUGAACUUGCUGACUUCCUGUUACAGGGAGGGCCGUACUUGUUUCAGCUGGUCGACUGGUAUGUGUUGUCUCUCGGGCCCAUGGUUAUAUGUACACUGGAGUGUAUUGUCGUGUCGUGGAUAUAUGGUAUAAGACGAAUUAGUAAAGACGUUGAGAUGAUGAUUGGCAAGCCACUGCCGAUGCCUGUAAAGGUCCUCUGGGCUCUGAUAACACCGUCAAUCUUGAUAAUCACUUUCAUCUUGACACUUCUCCGCUAUCAGCCACCAACCUACGGCAAGUACAAGUUUCCUAACUAUGCUUCUACAAUCGGCUGGAUUAUUGCAGUGCUGCCCCUUCUACCAAUACCUGUCUACAUGGUCCUGACUGUAAGGAAGCACAUGGCGACCAAUUCCCUGAAGAAGAGUGUACGUCUUGCCUUGAGACCUGAUGAUGAAUGGCGACCUGCGAAAUCCAGAAACCGGCAGGAUUCCAUUGAUGAGUCCACAACAUAA